GUUCCAGAAAUGGGAUCCGUGGCGGCAUCCGCUACAGGACGGCCACUUAUAAGUCGGCGCCUCUUCUGCUGUAAUGAAUGUCAUCGAAAAUUCAAAAAUAAGGAAGAAUUGUUUCUCCAUGCCGAAGCUUGCAUAAUGGAGGCAUUCGAAAGUGAAGUGAUCGCAGCUUUCAAUGAUUCUCCUCUUCCUGCACUUCGAACAUCACACGUGAGCGACUUGGCAGCCAAUGCUCCAUCAAUCGCGAGUCCAAGCGCAGGAGGUAUAACUGUUAAGAGAUCAGAUGCUGUUGAACGAGAGGAAUUCGUGACCCUGAAAGUGGGCGAAGAACAGCCAAGAAGUGAUGAAACGGCUGAUAGAAAUUCUUUGCACACUUCGAGGGAGCCUCCCCAUCCUAGACCAAUCACUUACGGCAGUCGAAAUGAUGACAUAAGCCAUGCUCAAACCAUCGAAGGGCCAAAUGGUUUGAAACUCGUUGUCACUGUAGAGAAGCCUGAGGCAACUGACACUCCACCCACAUUGAAUCCAGAAGAAACAGUGAACACGGAAACUUUGGAAAGGGAAACCAACUCUUCAGAAUUAGAUAGUAUUUGGAGUGAUGGAGACGACGCACACUUCGACUCUCAAGGAACUUCUGAUAGAGAUCAGGUACCUGGCACUUCUUUCAAUCCCAUCAAGAAACCUCAAGUGAUUGGGGCUCUUGCAAAUGCGAACGAUGAUCCUUACAAGCCAAAAAUGGAAUGUCCUACAUGUGGAUUGGUCCUGUAUCGGCAUAAUUUUUCCACGCAUUAUAGAAUCCAUACUGGAGAGCUACCUUUUUACUGCGAAUUUUGCCCCAAACGAUUUAGAACUACAUCUUCGCUGAAAGUUCAUGUCAGGGCCCACACAGGAGAAAAGCCAUACAUCUGUCCCUUGUGUGGAUAUUCAACCAUCACCAAACGUAAUUUAGACCGACACAUAGAGAAUCACCACGUGAGGCUGGGAGGCUCGCGAGGUCCAGCAACUAGGAAAAGCAGAUAUCGAGAAAAUGUUGAGACUGAAUGGUUGGAAGACAUGAGGUCGCAUACAGAACCCCAUUAUGAGCAGAAUCAUGGAAAUAUUGAGGAGCACGAUAAUUGGGAUCAACGACCUCAAAUCGAACUCGUCCACGAAACCAAUCCAUCAUAAUAAUAAUGAUAGGCGUAAUGAUAGGCAACUAUUGUAUGUAUCUCUUAUAAGCUAUAAUAGCGUCAUUAUGUGUAUGUAAUAAAUAAACGAAUGACUGUUU